AUGCUUUUGGUUUACAUCAUUGUGAUUCCGGGCGUUAUAGGUAAGUAGAAAAAGACUUACAGUUUCAUAGUUCCAUCGUACUCGUGUCUCUAAUUUCCCAUCUUAUUGAGUCGCCAGGGUGAAUCGCAUUUAUAUUAUUUGGUUUACAUGGCGAAUGAAACAACCGAGCAGAAAAGUCAAGGUGCUUGUCUUUUAUUUUUAAAAUAACAGAGAAUUCUGACUGAAAUUCUCAUUUCUUUUAGGGGGUAAGUGUAUUAAGUAAUCACUUUAAACGGAAGCCGAAAGUGAAAGUACAUAUUAUACAAGUUUCGAUUCAGGUCUUAGUUUAUUCCAUAAACUCAAAUUUAAUAAUCAUUUGAUUCGAUGCAUAUGUAUUUUGCCUAAGCAUUUACUGCUGAGAAAGGGGGAAGAUUUGGAGGCAAAAAGCAGCUGCAAAGUAACAUCGAAAAGUGUCGUAACGGAAGAAAGAGAACUGAAGUGGAAACACAGGGAGCCCGCAGACAAGUUUUUGCCAGAUGACAUUUUUGUUCGUUGUGUUUAUUCAAAGAUAUGUCUCACAAAACCUUUCCAAGCAGUGUUCAAACCUUUCUGAACACUUCAUUUGAUCCACAUCUUGAUUACUAUCUAUCGAUCGCGUAAAUAUCGAAACUUACGGGUCUCUGUCCUUUUCUUUUCAACUUUUUAACAUUAUAUGCUUUGUUUAUCCUUCCCGUUUUCCGAGAAAGUCUCUAAUAUUAAUCAAUUUAAGUGAAUUUUAAUUACCAAGAAGGUAAGGAAUCCUGGACGCGGAAAUCUGCAACAGGAAUACUGAACUGUCAGAGGUUUCGGAGCUUUGUGGGCCAGUUAGGGCGAACUAUCUGUCUGGAUUUGCCAGCAAAAAAGUGUCUGCACUAAAGUCUGCUCAAGGCUCUCGUCUUGUCCAAAGUAGCCAUAAAAACAAAGGGUGCACCACCGAUUUUCUCUCUUGUCAUCCUUCACUUCCUCCCUUUCCUGUUGUGUUGUGAUUUGCGGGUUUCUCGGAAACCUUACAGUCAAGGCAGGUCAAGCUUACCCCACAAGAUUCUAUUAAUGAAUUGAUUAUUUUAAAAAUGAACCGUUAGUCGUUCCCGUAACUAGUGUCAAAUUCAAAUCGGCAACGCCGAGUCUCUGUAUUUGGUCAGAUUGAAAAUCUUUGAAUGGAUAAAAUUGCUUCGAGGGCAUUUACAUCAAAGCUGGUAGCAAUCAUAGGCGGCGGAAACGGGGGGGGGGGACAUAUCCCCCCCCCCCCCACACACACACACACACACUUUGUAGAGUAAUAAAUAACUUUCUUACAUUUUACCACGGUCGACUCAUUAGGACUAGUUUUAUACAAAACUUUCAUUGAAUGGGUUUCCAAUGAAUCAGUUGGGUCAGUCCUCCAUUUUAUUUUGCCGUAUGCGUGACCAACUUCCAUUUUUAAAAAAACAUGAGUCUCUACAUCGGAGCGAACUUUUUCCGCUCUGAGACGCCUCAAAACAUACGCUACGAAGCUCUACGAGCACGAUGAAGCUACAUACUUGUUCACUGUCACAAGACAUUGGCUGACAGAAUGUACCCCGUUGCGAUCGGGAAGACGUUCGCAAGCGCAAACGACAAAGGAACGGGUAUUUUGAGAAGUUCAAGUAAACGUCGCCAAGAAACAACGUACGUCGGACCCGUUGGAUUGGGACAUUUCCUUUUUUUCAUCCGCACUCGCUCCCCCACCCCCAACCCCACCCCCUAUGGAAGGCAAUCUUACGUAGUUUUUGUUGUCGGCACCAUUGAAGAUUACUCCGGGGGAUACAAAUGUCAGUUUUCAGUUAAAAUUUUGGGCAUUUGUCAGUUAACCCCAUCCAGACCCUCCAAAAUGUUGUUGACGUCUUAAAAAAAGACAGAGGCAGCCUUUUAUUGCCUAUUGAGGGGGACGGGGGGAGAGGUGGAAAUGGAAUGUCCAAUUUUAUUUUCAGCCUCCCACUUUUUACUUCGCUCCAACGUUGCUGGAAAUUUUAUAACUGCUUCACGUGUGAAUUCACGGCUCAUUGCGCAUCUAAGAAUGCAGAGAUGAAUCUGAAAUCUACAACUACCAACGGAUUCAACUUUCGAAUAAUAAAUUCAUUAAUGGCUCUUGCGGGGUACGCUUGACCUGACUUGACUGUACGUUUUAUCCUUAUUUGCUCAAAUAGCUGCUUUAGUAUAUACUCGUCAAAGAAAAGCAAAAGAGAGUAGAUUAAUAGUUGACCCAUAUUUUCUAUUUUCUCGGAGAUCCUGCAAUCCGCCUGUCAUCUCUUGAACGGCUCCUGGCUAUGGUGAUAAAACGUCCACGUUAUGAUAAUAAAACUUGCAGAGUUUGGAACACGCCAGAAGGUGUUUACGUCACUUGAAAAAAAAAAUGAGGGCAAGAGAAAAAAGCAAUGGUCGCACUCUUUGUUUCAGACCAUACGAAAUAGAACUUUUAGAGAAAGUCAAGAGGUUUGGUGGAUUGCACUAAGAUCACGUUUUGAAGUUAAAAACGAUCACUUCCCCCGUCUUCCGAGAUCUGAUUUGAGUUAAAAUAAGAGAUUAUAUUAUCGCUGUCUACAAGCCUGGAUUUGCCGGCCCACGCCCGAGGCGCCAAAGCCGCCAGUUUUCGCCAGAGGAACACAACCUUUUUAAAUACAUGACAAUUCAGCCUGAUGCGAGGUCAAUUUUCAAAUGAAUGAAACAAGUGAAUCACUCUUUCAGCUUCACAUCAAGGACAGCGUCCAAGGAUUAUUUCAGGACCAAGUCAUCCCAUGAUUGGAAAAAAGCAAGGAAACUUAACAUUUAACUGGACUUUCAAACUCUUUCCCGGGAGGACCUGGAUCGAGAGCGUGGAACAUGUGGCUUUCGGGUUUUGGAAACCACCAGGAUAUCUGAAGACAAAACUCAUAGUUAUCGGUAGAAAUGGGGAAGUAAUGAUUCGACAAAACCACGAGAGAAAAAUAAGCUGCACAUUCAACACGUCUCUUCUGCAAGUGGCAUUCACGGUUCAUGAUUUAGGCACGGGUGACGAGAACGAAUACGGUCUUCACAUUGAGCUUGGUUUGGCGCGGAAGCCCUUAAUUGACGUUGUUACGCUUCUCUUGGAGGGUAAUAUUAUUAAUAGUAUUACAGCAUUGAAACACAUACACUGCUUUUUAAUAGUAGUUUCAGCUAGCGCUGUUAAAACUUGUCCUAUUUCUCUAGAUUUUUAUUUAAUUUGUGCAUGGUAUACCCGAAAGGCAGUAGGUCGGCUGUUUUUAGGCUCGACUUUGGCUUCUGGGAUUGACAUGCAGGGCGAUUAGUUAUCCCUAAUAAUUAUAAUAAGCAAAUCAUUUUAUCAGUUGUGCGAGGCUAUAUUCUUAUUCUUCGAGGUUUUAACAGGCAAAAGUGAUCUUUUAGAUGGUAAAAAGAUGAUUUUAAAAUCGAAUACGGUGACUCCCAUUUUGAUACACUUUUGGACUUUCUGAAAUGAAGAUGACCGUGCCAAUCUGUUUAAUUUUGAAUCGCUGCUUUUUUGAAAAUUUGAGGUGGCUUUUUCUUCUUGGCCAAAUAUGUUUGCACUGAUUACACGUUUCUAACUAACAGACCCACCCAAAAUUGUCACACCUCUGCAAAGGAAUAUUUAUUUGAGGAAUGGAGACGAACUAUCGUUGAACUGCAAGGCCACUGGACUUCCGCGUCCGCAGGUCACGUGGGAACGAUUUGGAAGGGUUGUGAGAAACCACUCUAUACUGUUAGGACGAGUGAACAAAAAUGACAGUGGACUGUACCUAUGCAAAGCUAAAAGUACUGCUGGGGAGGACAGCAUGAAGAUUUUUGUUAGAGUCGAGGAUAAAGAGAAACCAACAGUAGCAACAGGUGAGGAGAGCUGGUGACAUGAGUUGUAUAGCUUGUACCCGUGGAAGGCACUAAUAUAUUCUAUUUUAAUCUGCUCUUUUUAGCUAUACAGUCGAGUUUAACAAAUUAGUCACUAUAUUUACAGUUCACACUUGGUUUUUUAUCAUCAGCGCAUUAGUGAGGACCAUCUGAAAUAUCUACACUGGGCAUUAACAUAUAAACGUCCUGAUAGACAUGAACAUGGGACUUAUGAGGGAGGGGCUGGGGGGAGCAGGUGUGACCGGCUCCUGAGGUGUCUUCGUCAGGUUUUUCCUUGACUUUUUCAAAACGCCAUGAAGAAAGUAAAACUGCUGUAAACGUACCCAUUUUAAAAAUUAAUAUUAUCUAUAUUACAGUACUUCUUGUAAUGAAAAUCACACAUAUCUAUUCAGCAACGGCUAAACUUUCAGAAAAUUAACUAAUUAAUGAGGUGUCAAUUAUUACACUUUUUAAUUGUUUUAGAGGCUAUGUCCCGAAAACUAAAAGCAUUCCACUGGAUUUCAGACUCGACAACACUUUUGAGUUUUAUUUUGACUCCACUAGACAACAGCAAAAGACAUAAUAUAAAAGGAUAUAAGUCUAUUUAGGUAGGGAUUUGUGAGAACCAACUCUGCAAUGUACGUAACAACAACAACAAACAACAAAUUUUAUUGAAAAUUGGAAAAUAACUAAUUACAUUACUUUCCCACCCGCAAAUAGCUUAUGAACUAAUCGAGGCGGGGGGAGCUGAACACAAUUUACAAAACAAGAUUUAUAUAUAGAUGGACUAAAUAACAGUGAAGACACUACAAUACAGUAAAUAGAAUUUAAACUAACAUAAAACAAGGCAUGUACAUAACGAUUACGAAGAGAGGCUAACCUAAAGUAUUAAAUAACUUAAUAAGACGGGAGACUUCGACAUAAUCAUCUUCUGACCGCAAAAAAUUUAGUAAUAAUUCCUUUAUUUUUUUACGAAAGGACGAACGUUUAAGUAUUUUAAUCGAAUACGGAAUAGAGUUCCAAAUUUGGGCACCGAUUCUCGUGAAAAAGGCAUACAUUUUAUCGGUUCUAGAGAACUUAACAUAAAACGAGUCGCUAGAGACAGAUCUUGUUCUGUAGUUAUGAAUCUGACUUGUUUUAACGAACUGAUUGAGAAUACUAACUGGUGCUAUCUGUCUGUUGAUAUCAUACAAUAAAUAGCUACAAUCUCUGAAAAAUAUGCUAGACAGGGGAAGGCAAUUUGAUUUGAGAAAGAAGGGUACGGCGUGUUCCUUAGACUUACUGAAGUAAAUGAGACGUAAGGCCCGUUUUUGUAGAGUUACGAUCUUUCUUUGAAAUGUCAAGGCACAAUUUCCCCAACCACAAAUACCAUAAGUCAAGUAAGGGACAAUUAAUGAGUUGUAAACUGAAAGUAAAACACGACGCGGGACAUAAUGUCGAAUUUUAGCUAUAAUUCCUAUCGACUUGCUGAUUUUGUGACAGAUAGAUUCGAUGUGGUAUUUCCAUGAAAGAUUUGAAUCAAUCAUUAAGCCAAGAUAUUUUACAUAAUCUUUCAUUUCAAGGUUUGCGUAGGUGUUAGUCACGGAGUCAAAAAUUCUAAUCCUAGGUAUGAAGGGCAUAUUCUUUUGCCGGGGACGAAAGAUUACAAAAUUUGAUUUUUUUAUGUUCAAGGACAGUUUGUUGGCCUUUAGCCAUUCGUUGACGUUGCCAAGCUCGCGAUUAACAAGUGUUUCGAGUUCCUUUAGGUUGUUAUUUGCAAGUAUUAUACUAGUAUCGUCAGCAAAUAGAUAAAAGGCAAAUAACGAAGAGGACUUGUAAAUAUCAUUGAUGUACAGUAGGAAUAAGAGUGGUCCGAGGACUGAGCCUUGUGGCACGCCGCACAAGGUCGUUUCAGCCUCAGACACAACAUUAUUAACUUCCGUAGUUUGCUUCCGAUCAGUCAGGUAUGAUCUGAACCAGGAGUUGAUUACACCUCUAAUACCAUAAUUUUCAAGUUUAGCUAACAAAAUUUCAUGGUUAACAGUAUCAAAAGCCUUUUUGAGAUCGAUGAAAACACCGCACGAAAAUUUACCGUUGUCCAUGUUUUGGAGAAUUGUGUUAACAAUAUCAAGUACAGCAUGCUGAGUACUGUGCUUACUGCGAAAACCGUAUUGCUGAUCAUAGAGAAUGUUGCAAUCUUUGACAAACUUGGUAACUCUGGAGUACAUAAGUUUUUCAAAAAUCCUGUUAUAAAUCGAGAGCAGAGAAAUAGGUCGGUAGUUUUCGGGCAGCGUGUCAUCUUCGUCCUUAAAUAUCGGGAUAAUCUUAGCACACUUUAGUUUAGAUGGAAAAAUCCCUGAGCAAAUAGACUGAUUAAAAAUCGUGGCUAGAGGUACGGAUAUGACCCUUUUUGCCAAUUUCAGCAGCCUAACUGGAGAUGAGUAAAGACCAUGGGCCUUGUUGUCUUGCAAAACUGAAAUUUCUAAAUUGAUAUCUUCCGGAAUAAUAGGAUCAAAGAAGAAAGUGCGAUUAAGUGGCGGAUCUAAAUAAUCAUAGAAUGUAUUUAUGGUCUGAGGAAUUUUAGAAGCCAGUUUGCUCCCAACAGUGGCGAAAUAUUUGUUAAGAAUAUUGCUUAUUUCCUUCGGGUCACUAGUUGGAACCUCAUUCGGGUUUGAGCGAAUAGAGUUAGUUGAGUUGCGCUUGUUUUUCUUUUUACAGUUUCCAAUUAGCUCGUUAAUUCCUUUCCAAGUUUGACGCAUAUUACAUAUGUUGAGAUCAAAGAAACUUUGGUAGUAGUUCGCUUUACUUAAUCUCGUAAGAUAAAUGAUUUUAUUUCUGUAUAAUUUGUAUUUGUCACGGUCUGAGGUAUAGAAGAGGUUAUUCUUUACCCUGAUUGAUUUUCUUAAACCCGCAGUCAGCCAUGGUUUAGCAAGGAAUUUUUGUUUACGAUUGGAUAUACUUCUUAAAGGAGCGUGUUUGUUAAUUGUCUUGUUGACGCAUUUGUAAAACCUGGAGAACGAUUGAUUAGCAUCGAUAUGUUUGCAAAUAUUAUUCCAAUUAAUAUUCUGCAAGUCGUCAAUGAAAGACUUUGCAUUGAAGGUAGAGUAGUCACGAACCUUAGUUUUGUUGUUUGGAAAGAAUGGUUUACAGUGCGACGUUAAUAUGCACAUCUGAGAGAAGUGAUCUGUUGUAUCGGACACGAUAUUGCCGCUGACCAUAUUAUUCUCUGGAUUAUUUAUGAAAAUAUUGUCAAUUAAAGUUGCUGAAUUACCAUAGACUCUAGUCGGCUUAUCAACCACUGGGAACAUUGAAAAACUUUGCAUUGUUUGGAGCAAGGUUUGUGUGUAACUACAAGUUUCAUAUUUUAACAGAUCUAUGUUGAAGUCUCCCAUGAGAAAAAUAUUUUGUUUUUGACGGCAUUGCCGUUCAAGAAAAUCUGUCAAGUAUUCUAGAAACUCAUUAGCGUUAUUGUGUUGCCUAUAAGUAACACCACAUACAGAUUUCUUAUUGUUAGGCAGAUGAAGUUCAAUCCAUAGGGCUUGAUAGCAAGAAUUGGAGACUCGUUCAAGGACGCGGUAUUUACAAUUUUGAUCAAUGAACAGGCCAACACCACCGGCAGAUAAAGGUGUUGGGACCGAUUCAAAACAGUAUCCUGGUAAUUCUGGUACAAAAUUAAAACUACAUUCACGAUCGCAUAUACGAGUUUCUGUUACACCAAUAAUAGUAAAACGGAAAUUCAUUUCACUUAAAACAUGAUGUUGAAAUUCUUCAAAAUUUUUCUUUAAGCUACGUAUAUUUGUAUGUAAAAAGGAGAUUUUUGAUUGCAACUGUUUGCUGUCAAUAAACUGCGCAAAGCUGUGUGGGGAAUAAUAUUUUGAGCGUAUUUUGUUUGAGGACGUGUAUACGUGUAUACGUUAACACAGCAAUAAGAAAAAUAGCUAAUGUACGACACUCGUAUUUUUGCUUUCACAAAGAACUGCUACGACCGGUCAAUCUCGACCUGUACCCCCAAUUAAGCAAACAGGCCCUGUGCUAGUUAGGCCACCAGUAAGAAUGGGGGAAAUAGAUGACUGGGAGAGGGAACACUAUAAGAGCACAGACGCUGAGGGUCAGAAGAACUGGGAAUCUAUCUUUAAUAUAACGGGCUCAUCUUCACUAAUGUACCCAACAACUGGAGGCACGUAGGCCAAUGAGGCUGCCAGAAAAGGCUAGGGCACAACACCUAGGUUCAUCAGAUGGCCAACGAUCCUGGCUAAAGGUCUGCAAAAUUGCCAAUCUAAUGGCGUCAAUCUUGACUUAUGUGGCCACCUAAGGAGCAGUUCCGGGGUAGCUGACCGCAGCGUACAUAGAAACUACAUAAAUAAGUUAAGAAACAGGUACAAAACUGUAAUAACCGUACAAAUACAUAAGAUAAGAAACGGAGAAAGUGCUGGAAACUAGAAGAGCUGAGCUACCGCUUACAACUUAAAUAAAUUCGGUCAGACAAAGGCCAGAAAAAGCCCUAACGGAGAAAAUGCGGGCAGGAAAUCUGGGAAUGAAACAAGGCUUAAGCCCAGAGUCCUUCCUACGGUACUUUACAAGGUAAUCGAGAAUAUGCCCGGCGCCUAAAAUGAAACAAAAGAUUAAGAAACCAAAGAAAGGUUGGUUCAGAAGCCUAAAUGACGAACACGUGAUAUACGCAGCCUUACAUACCCCCGUAUGGCUUGGUAUGGAUACCCGUGGUGCCACUGGCCUAGCACCCAGACCCUGUUUUAUAUCGUGCCGUCCAAAUAUAUAUUUCCGCCUUCUUCGCGGGCUAAUUCGUCAAAAAUAGCACAGCUUUAUCAUCAAUACUAUACUAUCAAUCCCUAUAAUUAAAAGAAAUUGGUAGUUUCCAAAAAGACACUGAACAAUGCCCACACCGCGACAAAAUCGCCAACCUACAACAGUUUUGGCAAAACGAAAGAAUUAACACCCAAGAAAUUGCAAUCAGAACGAGGAAUUUUAUAUGUUACUGCCAUUCCCAGAACAGAAACAAAUUUUAAGCACUUUUAUACUGGUAACACUCCGGACCAUCAAUACCUUAACCAUCUGCACUCAUUUUUAUGUAUAUUACUUCUUCUUACUGUUCCAAUACCAUUAAGGUAUUAUCUCUUUGUAAUCGGAAGAAACGGGUCGCCUUUGUUAUUACUAAUUCAGUAAGCCAUCUGCACAAAAAAUCCCUCCCAAACUUCAUAAAAUUCUCCAAUAUCACACUUAGGCUAGACCUAAAAACAUGUUUUAGUUAAAGAUUAAGAGCCAUUUUUCUCAAAAUAUGCAAUAGAACUUGCGCGCAAGGUGAUUCAGAAUUGUGGGUUUCAACUCAAAUUACGUACAGUUUAAUGUUCAAUUUCAGUCGCGUGACAGCACCUGCUUGCUUGAGGUGUACUGUGUUUUUGUUGCAUGGGCACUUCAUCCAAGUAAAGCACCUCAAGCAACCUCAAUUGUAAUUUAAGCAAGUUAAAAGCAUCUCUUGCAAGUAAAGCGUCUCAUGCAAGCAAAGCGCCUCCAGUAAGUAAAGCACCUCACGCAGGAAAAGUAACACAAGCAAGUAUAGCAUCUCAAGCAAACAAAAAAUGUCAUGCAUGUAAAGCACCUGAAGCAAGUAAAGCAUCUUACGCAAGCAAAGCACCUAAUGCAAGUAAAGCACCUUAUGUAAUCAAAGCAUCCCGAACAAACAAAGCAUCUCAUGUAAAUAAAGCAUCUCGUGGAUGUAAAGCACCUAAUACAAGUAAAACGUCUCAUGCCAGCAGUAACGUCUCAUGCAAGCAAAGCACCUGAUACAAGUAAAGCACCUGAAGCAAGUAUAUAAAGCGCAUCAAGCAAGUAAAGCACCUCACGCAAGUAAACAACACAAGAAACAAGUACAUGAAAGUAAAGCAUCUAAAGCAAGUAAAACACCUUCAUGCAAGCAAAAAGUCUCAUGCAAGUAAAGCACCUGAAGCAUGUUAGCAAACUAAGAAUUAAAGCACUUCAGAUAAAAGUUUACGCAAAGCUCCUAAAGGAGGCAAAGCUCCUAGAGCGAGUAAAGCACCUCAUACAAGUAAAGCACCUCAUGCAAGUAAAGCAAUCAGAACACGAUGCAGGGUAAACUGUAAUUAUAAUCAUAUAUGAUGUACCUAACCAAGCUUAUCCGACGAAUUGAUAGUCAAAAUUUAAUUAUACUAGUUAACACUUCUAAAGUUUAGUGGGACACUAUGUAGACAACUCGACCAACUCAUUAGUACGACCAAUUUUAUACAUUGUCGAGCGGUAGUGGUAUUGACAGGGUUCCUAUCUAUCUCAAAUUAGUCUUAUCACAGAAUUGGGAAUAAUCCCGUGUGGUGUACUACGUUAAAAAUGCGUCGUUUUCUUAUUUCAGUUUCUCUUUCUGGUGCAACCAUACCGCAAGAUAAAAGCCCUGAGUGGAGGACAGUCAUAUUGGUUGCGAGCUUAUCAGGAUUAAUUGCUUUGGUAUCACUGGGGGUAUUCACCUUUUAUUGCAGGCGGCGCAGACGAUCGAGAAAAAGCAACGCCUAUGACUCUUUGCAGGAAAAUACAUCAGGAACAACUAUUUAA